GCUUCCUACGCCCAUGAGCUAGAGGAAGAAGACUGUCAAAAUGGCUCACGACGCUCACAACGACCACCCAGAGCCCACGGAGGUGGCAAGGCAUCCCAACCCUAGUAAGAGGUUUUAUGGUAUUAGCAGAGACGCAUAUCUUCCAAACAAUGAGGAAGGAAAAGAAGUGCUGCAGCUGUUGAAGAGAGCGUUCGAUGAGGAACUCAUUUUCACUAUUGGGCUGGACAACCAGGUGACCUGGAACAACAUUCACCACAAGACCUCAAAGACAGGAGGACCACAGUGUUUUGGGUAUCCUGACCCUGACUAUCUCAGCAGAGUCCGGGAGGAGCUGAAGGUCAAUGGCAUCGAGUGAAGACGUGAUACAAAGUGGCUGAGGAGGGUUGUGUUCACAAGUCUAACUUUACACACAGAAAUACAUUUUAAGAACUAUUACUCUGUAUUUUUACCUAUUCAGCAUUCAAUUUUCUUUGAAGGAUUUUCUUGUUUUUAUUAAUCAAUUGAGAAAAUUUGACAACUUAUAACAGAAAUGCAACAUUAACACAGUACAUGUAACUUUAUUUUAUGCCUGAAUUACACAUGAUGUGAUUUAAAGUUUGCUUAAUAAAUGAUUAAACCAACCUACACUGACUUAUUGCAGUAUUUUUGCUAUCAGUACAGGCUUUGAACAAAACACAAAACACAUCGGCUUGUUUUCUGUACA